UAACAAUUCAUUCUCAAUUCCUAUAAAAUUUUCUCAGUUUUCUUCUCCAACAAGCACAGUUUCCCUACACUCACUCAUCUUCAACACUAGGCAAAAAUGAAGCAUUUCAGGCCUCUCUCACUCUCUCUUCUGCUCCUUGCCGUGGCCAUCGCGCUCUCGAUCACCACCAUCCCGGUGCGCAGCCAGAUCACCACGCCGUGCACUCCCUCCAUGAUCUCGAGCUUCACGCCGUGCCUGAACUUCGUCACCAACAGCAGCCUUAACAGCACGUCGCCGACCUCGCAGUGCUGCGACUCGCUCAAGUCGCUCACUAGCAACGGGAUGGGCUGCAUGUGCCUCAUCGUGGCUGGUGGCAUUCCGUUCCAGAUGCCCAUCAACCGGACCCUUGCCAUCUCGCUCCCCCGCGCCUGCAACAUGCCUGGUGUGCCCCUCCAGUGCAAAGCUACGGGUGCGCCUCUUCCUGCUCCAGGUCCUGCCACGCUUGGACCGAUUCUUUCUCCAUCAUCCUCUCCAGCAAGCAGUCCUCUAGCAGGGUCCACAGAUCCUCAACCCGACUCGCCAGCUCUGGCCCCAGAAUCUGAAACGCCGCCACUCAUGGCUCCGCCAUCUCCGACAGUCACUUCGGUGAAUCCGACGCCAAACACUGGGAGCCGCUCCAAUGUAAACCCGUCAGCCGCUGGGCCCUCCAAUGUUUUCUCACCGGCUCUACUGCUAGUUGGAUUGGCAUCCGCUUUCUUGAAGUACUGCUGAUUUAUGAUGGGAUUGUCUACUUGAUUUUGUAUUAAUCUUUCUUUUUUUCUGAAUUUUCUGUGGUGAUUCUUUGGGGUUGUGAGCUUUUCAGGAUACCGUGUGACAGAGUCUCAUUUGGUUAUUUAUAGAAUAAGAUCAUAUUUGUUUUGUAAUGCAGUGAUGAGAGUGGGAAUAAAAAUGUAGUUUCUUUUA